UUUCUCCCGUGCUGUGCUGCCGGCUCCGGCGAUUGGUUCUGGUGGUCCUCUCUGCAGCCUGCGCGCGGCGGCGGCCAUGCGGCGGGGCGGAGGCGGCGCCCCCAGGCGGCGACCGUCCGAACAGGAACAACAGUGUUCUUCUGCAUAGUGAGCUCUGGCGGUUCCACCUGUUGCUCCGGCGAAGUAGAUUGGAUUGCAGACGAGCGUGGUGAACUCCAAAGGCCUUCUAAACAUCUCAAGGACGAAGAACAUAAAAGGACAGCUGAUUUCCUGCUCCACAAGAAAGGUAAUUCACUCAAGAGGAGCCGCAAAUGGUCUCAAGAGGAAUAUGGUAAUCUAAUUCAAAUGGUAAACCUUCACAGCUCAAAAAGUUGGUCAACUGUUGCACGCGGUAUAACUGGUCGAAGUCCAAGGCAAUGUCGAGACAGAUGGAUGUUUUAUCUUGACCCUGCUGUGAACAACCAGCCAUGGUCAGAACAUGAGGACAUCAAACUAAUCCAAGCUCAGAAAAUUCAUGGAAGCAAAUGGUGUAAACUGGCUAAACUUUUUCCUGGAAGAACAGGGAAAGCAGUUAAGAAUCACUGGCCUAGUCUUAUGAGGAAACAAAUGAAGUCAGAUUUAGUUAGUGGAUUGCCUGAGCAAUUUCUAUAUAUGCCUAAGGAUCCAUCAGUUACAAAGAAUAAAGGCUCCAGUACCGUUCAGAGUGAUCAUGAUUCAUCCACAAAUAUUCAUGUUUCAUCAGAUUGGGCAGUAAGACCCAAUUCAGAACAAGGACUUGCAGAAAAUGGUAGAAACGAGAGUACUUUGGAAGGGAAAAGUUAUGAUUCUAUGCAUGGUAAUGGGUCUGUUUCUCAUUCAGUCAAUGUCUCUGAAAAGGUGGACGGGCAAAUAGCUAGAUCUAAUUCUUUGAGUUGUAUGGAUCAGAAGGCCUCUUCUGCCACCGCGAGUUUUCCUGGGUCCCUGCCAAAAGAGGAAUCAACAAAUUAUCUGGAAGUUGCACUUAACAGAGGGUUGUCUAAAACGUAUGAUCACCUGUCUAAUGAUUGUUUUGAUGGCAUUUGCAGUAGUGCUAAUCCAGAGUCACAGGAGCUACAUCUGUUAAGUAUAGCAGAUCUUCUUGACAUGCCAUAUUGCAAGAGCUUGAUGAUUGUUUCACCUGAUUCUCCAGAUCACGGAAAUUACACAGAUGGAAUGUGAUAUUACCUCGGAAGUUCUUCAGUGACCGCACCUGCACUAGCUGUAGAAUAAGCAAGAGUCUCUGCUCCUUGGCCUUCAAAUUCUCUUGUAACAUCUAUUCAAACUAACAAGUUGGUCCUUGUACCUGUAAGGCUGUAAAUCCUUUUUCUUCUUUAGUUGCGGAAAGUUGGUCCUCGUGUCAGAAAGACGCAAGGAUUUAAUUAUUGUACUAGUUGCUCUUAGAAAAAAAUUAGUUGUGCCUGUGCUAAUGCGCCAA